AUGAGCGCCACCUCUGCCUGUCUCGUUGCUGGAUCCGUCAAUAUUGACGAGUUCUAUGCGCUCCCGCACAUCGUGCGUCCCGGCGAGACGAUCGCGUCGACGGGUUACUCGCGCCGCGGCGGCGGCAAGGGUGCCAACCAGGCCGUCGCCGUCGGACGGGCAUGCGACAACCGCGGCGCCGUCAAGCUCUCGGCCUGCAUUGGCGAGGACGGCCGCGACCUCCUGGACCUCAUGGUCGAUGCUGGUGUUGACGUCUCUGGCGUCGACAUUCUGAAAGACCAGCACACCGGCCGCGCCAUCAUCCAGUCGUCCCAGGACGGCGAGAACAGUAUUGUUCUCUUCGCCGGCGCCAACUAUGCCCGCAGCCCUGCUCCGAUCGGUUCCGCGACGCACGUCGUGGUGCAGAACGAGAUCCCGUUCGACAGCACCCUCGCCUUCCUCCGCAGCGCCAAGGAGUCGAACGCGGCCACCAUCUUCAACCCCUCGCCCAUGCCGAGCAACGAGCAGCUCCGCGCCUUUCCCUGGGAGACGAUCGACUGGCUGCUCCUGAACGAGGGCGAGGCGGGGGACAUCACGCGCGCCCUCACUUCGGAGGAGCUCAAGUCGUCGGUCGUCGUGCCCGAGGGAAUGGAGCUGCCCGCCGAGGCGAAGAGCGCCCUCGACAUCCUCAGCGGCGUCAAGAGCCUGCCCCUCAUGAACACCGUCAACCUCGUCUGCACCCUUGGUGCCCACGGCGUGCUCCUCUUCCGCAACGACAAGGAGUGGUUCUACCGUCCCGCUGCCAAGCUUCUCAAGCCCCUCAGGGACACCACCGGUGCCGGUGACUGUUUCACUGGCUACUUCACCGCUGGACUCAUGCGCAUCGGCGAGCCGACCAUGGAGGCGCUGGAGGGCGUUGUCGAUGAGUGCCUCGCCGCGUGCUCCAUGUGUGUCGAGAUUGCUGGUGCCGCUGAGAGCGUCCCCGCGCGCUCGCAGGUGCUCGAGCGCAUGGCUCUCAAGAACUAG